GCUUCAGAAAAAAAGGAGUGUUUUUUUAAUGCAUGUUAGUUCCAAAAUAUGUGUUGUCUAUUCUUGUCUUAUUAAUCCACUCUCUCUCCCAUAGCUGGGUUUAUAUAGGGAGAGUGUGUGACCUCCAGCCCAGGCCAGACCCUGCUUGUAUUUCAUUGCAUCCUGAUUCUCUGACAUGUAGUGUGUGUGUUGGAUGGGGGGAAGGGUAGGAAGAGGAAGAGGGUGUGUGUGUGUAUGUGUGUCUGUGUGUGUGUGUGUGUGGUUGGAGGAGGGCGGGGGUGAAGAAUGCUUGGUAUGUGCGGACGACAACAACAUGAAAAGGACGACGAGUGUUCAGCCUCAACUUGAUUGUGCGCCUACAAAUCGAACCCCCCCCCCCCCCCCCCCCCCAAAAAAAAGAAACACAUUGUAUCCGAUUAUAAAUUCGAGAACACCGAACGGCUCGACGCGUCUUUGUUGCAAAAAAAAACCAGAGCGCAAAGAGCGAGUUUGUGUGAGGCGGCCACGCAGUUUAUUUGAUGUCAAACACCCUGCAGAGGCAGGAGAUGGUUUGGUCUGUAUAGUAGGUGGGACUGCCGAGCGGUCUGCAGCAGGACGUCGUAGAUCAAUGAACCGGACCGAAGGGUUGGUCCAUCGCCUGGUGUGCAUCUGACUGUAUAGAUGUGUCAGUAUACCUAUGCAGGACCGAGGCUGCUUCUUUUUCUACUGUUAACCAGCCUGUUCAGUAUGCGGAUGUUUUAGAAUAAGGCUCCUCUCGCACGCCUGGAUCCCUCCUCUCUCUCUCUCUCUCAUCGUUUGCGAUUUUUCCUUUUUUUUUGGGGAAUUAAAAAAAAAAAUAGAAUCUGUAUAACCUCCAGGAUGAUCUUUGCAAACACAGGCAAUCCGCUGAAGACAGCCAAUCGUAAACAGUCCUACCCCAUGACUCCGUCCAGUCCCAGCAGCAGCAGCAACAGCAGCAGCACAGGCCUGGAGCAGCUCAGCAAAACCAACCUGUACAUCCGCGGCCUGCCUCCUGCGACUACAGACCUGGACCUGGUCAAGCUCUGUCACCAGUAUGGCAAGAUUCAGUCAGCAAAGGCAAUCCUGGACAAGACCACCAACAAAUGUAAAGGUUACGGCUUUGUGGACUUUGACAGCCCGGGGGCUGCUUUAAAAGCAGUACAUGCUCUGAAAACCAGCGGCAUACAGGCCCAGAUGGCCAAGCAACAGGAGCAGGACCCCACAAAUCUGUACAUUUCCAACCUGCCUCUCUCUGUGGAUGAGAAAGAGUUAGAGAACAUGCUGCAGCCCUUCGGCCAGGUUGUCUCCACACGGAUCCUCCGAGACUACAGCGGCAACAGCCGAGGCGUGGGCUUCGCCAGGAUGGACACAACAGAGCAGUGUAAUGCCGUCAUCUCCCACUUCAAUGGGAAGUUUAUCAAGAUAGCAUCUGGAGCUCUGGCUCCCUCUCAGCCCUUGCUGUGUAAGUUUGCAGACAGUCAAAGGAAGAAACAUGCUCACAGCGGAUUUGUUCCCAAUGGACAGACAGGGGAUCUCAGACUAGGUGCUAUGACUCUUACCUACGACCCCUCCUCAGCGGCUAUACAGAAUGGGUACUAUCCUUCUCCGUAUCCAGUGAGCAACAGGAUAAUGACUGUGCAGCCUGCGAUGUCUCCCUACAUGUCUCCAGUCUCUGCUUACCAGGUACAGAGUCAUUCUUGGGUGGCACAUCAACCAUAUAUCAUGCAACACCCGGGUGCUGUGAUGUCGCCCUCUGUGGAUCCCUCCAUGUCACUGCACCCUUCAGCCAUGAUUACUCAGCAGAUGGGCCAGCUGUCACUGGGAAACACUGGAGCGUAUAUUUCAGCCAACCCUGGUGUCCAGGGAGCUUACAUGCCUCAGUAUCCGCAAAUGCAGGCAGCAGCUGAAAACGGCACGCAGCAACAAGUGGAUUCUUCCAACAACUCGUCUCCUUACAGUCAACUCAGCAAGUAAUCACAGGCUAAAUUCCCGCUCUGUGAGCCAGAGGGCAGGUGGGAGGUUGCCGAUGACAUCACAGUGGCAACAGUCACCGCCUUCUCUGAUUGGACCAGAUACAUGAACUUUUUUGCACAGCCCCAACGUUUGUGGUGGAAAAUGAGGACAGUGUAAAUGGACUCAAGCAGUUGGCUAAUCACAGAAAACAAAAAAAAAGAUUUAUUUUGAUAAGAAACAACAUGCUCUUCUUUUUCUCUUUUUUCAAGGAUUCUCAAACAAAUGCCAGAGGACCCCCCUUCCCAUCCCCUCCCCUCCCCCCUCGCCACUCCUCCCCCAGUAUGAUGUGAUAUUAAAAUGCAUGAGAUUGAGAUAGUUCCCCCCCCCCCCUCCAAAGUUUCUAUGAUUUUAUAGUUCCUUUAUUUGUGAUAUAUGAAAAACCUUGCAAAACCUUGUUUGCACUGAAGUUUCUUCAUUUUGGUUUUCAUAGCUGCCACAGAAUAGCUUACAAAAUCAACCAAUGUUCAACUGCACUAGACAGCUGAUACAGGUGACCAUUUCAUUAGGGAAUUAAUUAAUUCAUUAUUGGAAAAGGUGCCUUCCUUACGUCACAUCAAACAUUCUCCAACAUUUUCUCAUCCAACUUGAUCAGGUGUCAUAUUUCUAUCUGAUUGAUCAAACGUGUGUGAAAUCAUGGAGAUUUCCAUCGAGUGUUUCGCUAUCUAGUCUUCUGGUAGCAAUAAAGACAAUGAGAGUCCCAACGGCAAUACUGAGAAAAAAGAAUGGUGACAGACUCAGAGCAAGGUAAUUCCUUAUUUUCCCUCUUUCCUUUUUUAAAAAAUCUUCAAGACGCGACAUGAAAAAAAAGAGCUGUACUUUUAUGAAAUUACAAGUUUUACACCCAAUGGACAUCUUUUAGGAGGGUUUGUUUUUUCUCUUGUGGUCAGUUUGACCAGUGAUCUACCUCAUGGUUCUGCUGGAGUCUGCUGGUGUUGUGGGGUUUGCAGGUAAAGCCCCCUUGUUCACCAGAGUGGACGAAGCAGAACAAAAGCCACGCUCAGGAGCUGGCUAAAUAGGACUUCUGCCCGUUUGUCUCCCACAUGCAGCGUUUCUCUUCCUGAUCUGCAAAGAAACAUUGUGCUUUGCUUCAUCUUUAUUUGUCAUUGCUUCUGUUCUGGUGUUUCUUUUUCUCAACAUGAUGAGCGUUGUGAGGAUUUUAGAGAUUCAAAGUAAGACAACUACUAGCUUCUCCUUGAAAUAGUUGGUUUACAAUGUGCUUGAAACAAAUGAAUGCAGGAUACGUGCAUUUAGUUUGUACAUUCUGCCUUUGCCAUUCUAGACAGAUGUUAGAUGACUCACCACUCCCACCUUUUCUCUCUUUCCUUUAAAAAGCCACUAUCUUUGGUUACACUGCUACUGUAAAGCUCUCCAGAAAUAAUGAUUUAGCCAAAUGUUGGUCAUUUGGUUAUACAGCAGCUUAACAGUGUUCAUGCAAAACAAUUUGGAUCUCAAAUCUUGCCUCAUGCAAAAUAAAUGCAACAAUCAUGUAUGAAGUACUUCAAAAACAGCAGUGUUUCAUACGAAUUUGAUGGAAGUUGAAAUCAUAUGACCGACAGCGUGUGUUUCAAAGGUUGGCUUUGUUCAGAAUAGGAUUUGUAAAUUAUAUGCAUUCAGGGCCAAAAGUGAAAAAUACGUGAGUUUUAUUGUUUGCUUUGCUUUUUUUUCCUUUAAAUUGAUGAUUUCUGAUGUAAGAAACUCUACACUACUAUGAGACAAGUAAAAAAGGUCAAAGCUGUACGGUCGCGGUGCUUUUCCUCGAUCAAUAGUACUGUAGCAGUAAAUGCUCACCUUUGGAAAAUGCAAGCAGUAACCUGCUUUUACUGAGUGUACUUUCCCAUUCUGAACAUUUGUUGCUGGAAAAAAUGUAAAAAUGAAAAAAAAAAGAAAUCUUGUACAUGUUAUCCUCAUUGCUUCCCCUGUCACCUUCAACUGACUCUCAAACAAUCUUCUCCUUGCUCUCUCCUUUGAAAACAUUGGAAUAAAAACAGUGCUGAAUAAAAGGCUCUUCUCUUUCUCAGA